AUGAUGGGCUGCAAUCCUGUGGCCAGCUGCCUUUCUCUCACUCUCACCCUUUUUGUGUAUCAACUGGAUGUGUGUGUGUCUGACUCCCACCACGAAGAAUGCCCUGAGAGCUGUUUCUGCACCGAGGGUAUCAACAGUGGCCUGGUGGUUCAUUGCAGCUCCCUGCACUUAACUGCAGUGCCACGUGACCUCCCCAACACCACACAACAUCUUUACCUAGACAACAAUUUGCUGCUCACCAUACCAUCCGAUGCAUUCAAAGGGCUCCCGCUGCUGUUCAAACUGGAUCUUUCCCACAACCUGUUGGUCGGUUUGGAGCAUGGAGCCUUUCGAGACCUUGCAGACUCCCUGCGCAGUCUGGAUCUUUCCUCUAAUCUGCUGGAGACACUGGACCCCGGGGCGUUCGGCGACCUCAGAGCCCAGACUAACCUCUCUCAUAACCCCUGGCUGUGUGACUGUCGUCUUCAGCUGGCAAUGCCACAGCUGCUGCUGGAUCCGUCGUCUCUCGCUGAGGUUAUGUGCAAUUCUUCUGAACCCCAUGAGCUGGGGGCUCAGGGUUUGCCCUUCAUCCUGGUGGCAACUGAUUUGGAUUUUUGCGCAGCCAUCAGGAGGACUACUGACGUGGCGAUGCUGAUAACCAUGUUUGGGUGGUUCACGAUGGUUAUUUCCUAUUUAGUUUAUUAUAUAAGGCACAACCAAGAAGAUGCAAUCCGCCACUUGGAGUAUUUGAAGUCUCUGCCCAACAGGCAAGGCAGAUAUGAGGAGGCUUUGACUCUGAACACGUGGCUUUAGUGGAGUUAUGAGUGGCCAUUGCUAGGAAU